CAAUAAUUUAUUUUUAAUUUUAUGCAUAUAGAUAUUCGUGAUGAAUCUGAUGAUAAGUUUAAAUAUUAAAUAAAAUUAGUUCAAACAAAUUGGUCCAAAUCAUUUGAGUCUCUUAUCCAAUGAUUGAACCCUAGAAAACACCGAAGAGGCUUUAACCUAAUUUCAAAUUUCUUCCGUUCUCUUUCCCUGAUUGCGCUUUUGAUUUGAAGGUCUCCAAAGCAAGGGUCUUUUUUCCAAUGGAGCCAAACACGUUAUACCGUAACCUUCGAUUCGAUGAUUACCCACCAGAUGACCUGAUCUCUGACAAGGCUUCAGGAGAGGUUCAGGAACUCAGGGAAGGCAGUGAGCCUAUGCUAACUGAUAAUUGUGUCAAACACGAAAAAAUUCAACUUAGAGAUUGUGAAAGCAAAUCACCUAAAAGCACUGGGGUAGAUAAUGAUGUGCUAAAUGAUUCGUUUGUUGGCCAUAAGAAACCAGGUAAAUAUUUUUAUUACGACUUGCCACUUUCUGAAGAAACUGGGCCUUGGAUACCUGUCUCUGUGCCUCCCAUGUUGGAGGGUGAAAAUGAAGAAUGGAGUAAAGCCCUCGGUGUAAAUGGGGGUUACCUUCCGGAUGGAGACAUGGGAUGGAAUCAGUUAAUUGGCGAAGAUAAGGAGCUGACCAUGUGGGAUGUGGUUACUGAUAUGUUACUUGCGGCCCAAGGGAAAGUGAAUGCUAUCGCUUCAGGAGAUAUCCAUAGAUGUAGAGUCUCAUGGAUAUCGAACCAUCUUCUUGAGCAAGCUUGGAAAGAGAUGGCUGAAACUCUUACGGAGGUUAAUUUGAGUAACAUAAAGGAAAUUAUUGAAGCAGAUCCACCAAAAUGGUUGCCUGACAGUGCCGCUUCUGCUUGCAUGCUGUGUAAUGUGCGUUUCCAUCCUAUAAUGUGCUCCAGGCACCACUGUCGAUUUUGUGGGGGGAUAUUUUGUAAUGAAUGCUCUAAGGGGAGGAGUUUGUUGCCUAUAAAGUUCCGCUCUGGGAACCCACAACGGGUCUGUGAUGUCUGCUGUGUGAGGCUUGAAUCUGUUCAGUCAUACCUAAUGGACCAAGUAAGUCGAGCUGCCCAGUCGCCAACCUAUGACCUGACAGACCUCAGCACUUUGAGAUCAUGGCUUAAUUUUCCAUGGGGCCAGUCUAUGGAAUAUGAGAUUUAUAAGGCAGCAAACACCAUUCGGGGUUAUAAUAAGGUUGGCUCUCUUACACCUGAAAAGUCAAUACCAGAGGCCAUUCUAAAACAGGCAAAAGGCCUUGCAAUCCUUACUGUUGCAAAGGUCGGCGUGAUGGUGACUUAUAACAUUGGAACAGGGCUGGUCAUUGCUCGUAGAGAAGAUGGAUCUUGGUCUCCCCCGUCUGCCAUUUCUUCCUUUGGUAUUGGUUGGGGAGCUCAGGCUGGAGGAGAAUUAACAGACUUCAUAAUCGUGUUAAGAACAAACAAUGCUGUCAAGACAUUUAGUGGAAAUAUGCACUUCUCAGUUGGAGCAGGUUUGAGUGCUGCUGUGGGUAUUGCUGGACGUUCUGCUGAAGCUGAUGUUCGUGCUGGUGAUGGUGGUUAUGCUGCUUGCUAUACCUACAGCUGCUGUAAAGGUGCAUUUGUUGGGUGCUCCCUCAAAGGGAACAUUGUCACAACCCGCUCACAAGAAAAUUGCAGAUUUUAUGGCAACCCAUCAAUUAGUGCAUCAGAUAUUCUUCUUGGGUCACUGCCUAGGCCUCCUGCAGCUGCCACUCUCUAUCAUGCACUGUCUGAUCUAUUCCUCAAGUUUGAGAGGUGAUUAGCAGGGUUCAGUGCCAAGAACAUCGCAGGAAAGGUAGCCUGUGCCCAUAUGUAAAUUCUGCCCAUCUCCUUUCACUAUGAAUCUCCUUUCCAAUUCUUUAUUCCACAUAAAGCAAUUGAAACUCAAACCCAAGUGGCUGUAUAGGAAAUCCUCCCCCCCACCAAAAAAAAAAAAAAAACACGAAACUAUAUAUUAUUUAUGAUAAGUUAACAAGUACUGAAAAUUUGCUGGUUGUAUAUAAUUUAUAUGUACAUUGCUGAAGAACAAAGUAUAUUCGAAGCCUUUGUUGAGUUGGUUUUC